ACUAUAAAAAUCAUUUAAGCAGCUUCAUAGACCCAACUUCUUUUAGAAUACAUCUAUGCGGACGCUUCAAUUUGUUUAAUACAGGAGACAACUUGUGAUCUGUCUAGAAGGAGAGGCAACCAUGAUGCCAGUUAGAAUUUUAAUGCCCUGUACCGGCACAAAUAAAGGCCUGUGGGAGUGCUAGGUGAAGAGAUAGGGGAAAGAAGACAAAGAGAAGAUGGCAUUGGCUGAAUUUUGAGGGCUAAAUCCAUUUCAACAAGCAAGUUUGUCAGGAGAAGGCAUUCCAGGUUGAAUAACAGACUUGAGCAAAUGCACCAUCAGAGAAGCUCUGGGAAAACACUGUGCAUUUUUCUAUAGCAUACCAAAUAUGAGAAGAAUAAAUAUGAGUGACAUCAAAUAGAAACCAACAUGACCUGGCAGAUGAUUAGACAUGGAUAUCAACUCCUGCUAUGUGGAUAUUUGUUAGCAAUGACUGAUGUGGAAACUACAUAUGCAGAUUUUAUUGCUUCAGGAAGAACUGGUAGAAGAAAUGCAAUACAUGAUAUCCUGGUUUCCUCUGCAAGUGGUAACAGCAAUGAAUUAGCCUUGAAAUUAGCAGGUCUUGAUAUCAACAAGACAGAAGGUGAAGAAGAUGCACAGCGAAAUUCGACAGAACAAAGUGGGGAAGCCCAGGCAGAAGCAGCAAAAUCUGAAAGUUAACACCCCACUUUGAUCUUCAUCAACACCUGACAAUGUCUCAAAUCUCCAGGCCUGGCUGGAAUGCAUUUAUUUCCAAGAGUGAAAAGGGGGAAAAGAAAAUGGCUGUGCUGCAUUGCAGGAACCUGCUUGUUAUGUUAAAAAUGGGGGCAAAGGCUGUGGCUGCAGACAGACUUUUCUCUACCUCUGGCAUCAGCAAUGGUUGAAAUCAUGUGGCUUGUGUUUGGAUGUCAUUUUUGUACGGAUCCUUUCACUUGACCAUAUGAUUAAAUGCUUGUAGAGAGUAGCACCGACCUAGAUGAUGAUUCUUCCUGUAGCAUCUGGCCCCUCACAAUGUCAGAGGAUUUAAUUGUGUCUAAUCGCAAAGGGUUGGUUGAACCCCAGAGUUUAAAUAUCUCUGGCCCAAGUAUUCACCCAGUAAAAGAACCAUCCAGAAAGCACUGUUUUUAGCAUUAUGUAUCUGUGUGUUCCUGCUGUGUUAUUUACACUGUUUUGUAUUAUAUAAUAUAGAUGCUCAGCACUGCCCCCUUCUUUGAUUGCUUAUGAAAAACAAAAAUGAUGUACGUUACUGUGAAUUUUUAUACUACUCAUUUUUAAAAGGGCUGCCUAAAAACUCUGCUCCGUAAUGUGGUGGUGUGCACAGGAUAGAACACACAUUUUUUAAAACUUAAUCUUUCCCCUUAAUGCACAGCUGAUGAAUUAAGUCUAACAGAUUCAUCAAGACUCCUUUGCUUAUUAUACAGGCAUUUGAAAAUAUCCAUUAAUGUGAAUAUUACCUGAAUUCAGUCUGCUUGGUGUCUACACAGACCAGAAUUCAAACUGCAAAUUUUGUCUUAUUCCCAAGUGGGGAACUUUUUUCAACGAAUAUUUUUAUUUCCAAUUAUGAGGAUUUUUGAGAAUUGGGGAGGUGGGAAAGAGAAUACAAGAUAAUACUAAGCAUGGGAAAUAUUUUCUUCUAUGGAAUCAAUUGAUCACAGUGCUGUGAUAAAUUAAAAUUUGGAGGACUAUUAAAAUUUGGAGGACAACUUAUCUCCACGGAGCAGCAAAAAGAUGAAGAAAAUGAUCUUGCAAUCAUGUGGACACCAAUCACAAAAGUAAAGCCCUUGUGUUGUGUUUUUCAUGUCUUUUAUCAGCCCUAUCAGAUCCAAAUGUUAUUAUGCACUUUCUAAUGUUUGUAAACUUUUACUAAUAAUUAGUGUGAAUUACAUUCUGAUACAAUAAUCAUCAUCAUUAGAAGCUGACAAAAUCCUCAUUAAUACUGUUAGUGGCCUCUGCUGUGUUUUGACAUCAUGGUUCUUAUAUGGAAAGUUUCUAUGAGCUGUGUAACCCCACUGUUCAGUAUUAUGAAAUCAUUUCUCAAUGGUAAUAUAUAAGGCACCAGUAAUAUGCCAAUGGCUCAUGAAUUACUGGACAAAUGGCAGGCAACAGGAAGACCCUUUGCAAUAAAGACCCCACUUAACUCUCCUUGAGGUCUUAGAUACAAUCCCAUGUGAAGUAGGUUAAGCAGCGUUUCAACAGAUAAUCUAUAUGGACAUACCAGGGGCUCAGCCCUCCUUUGUAGUUACAUAAAGGAUGCAAGGUAAGUCUGCCCUCAUCUCCCUUUACAGUACUUUUUGAAUGAGUGGAAUAAGGGCAUGGGUAUCACAUGGUCCUCAAUCACAUAUUACUAGAAAAAAUGUUAACAGUGUGAGUCUUUGAGACAAUAGGAAAGAUUAAAUUUUAGAGUACUUCCUUCAGCUUAACCCAGUAGGGUCCAAAAUGUCCAGUUAACAUUCAAACAAAUCCACCUGUUAAUAGACUCACAAGUGGGAAAAGAGGUUCCUGGGGCUAUUUUAGACAAUUUCUGCUAGUCUACUUAGCACAUCCAACCCAUACAAUCACUUUUUAAUAUCCUUAUUUAUUAUCCUCAUAGCUUUCUUGUGAUACUAGGUAAAGUUCUCUUCAUCCUUAAAAUUGUGGAAUUCCAAACUGAUUUCAUGUGAUUUUGUCAAGUUUAGGACUAGUGCUGAGUAUAUGUGGAGGAUUUAUAUUCCUGUGUGAUAUACUAUUAUUAAUGCAUGUGGUAUCAUGCCUGUCUUUGAAUAUAUAAUAGUGGCUAAAUUGUGAAGUCAUAUGGAGCUUUUGAAUUAUUUUUGACCUCUUACUGCUACUCUGUCUGCUAUAUUCAAAUCCACAGGUAUUCCCAAGCCAGAAAAUAAAAAUCAGCUUUCCAAGACAUUCACAUCCUACAAAAGUGGCUCAGCAAAAGUUCAAAGUAUCUUCCAAAUUUUAUCAUAAUAUCUUUUACUUGCAAGUCAGUAACAUACAAGGAAUUGAAUUUUUAAGGAGAGAAGGAAAGAGUAGAAAACUAAGACACUGAUUUGAUAAUCCACAUUGAAUUCCUGUUAACCAACUGACUUUAUGCUAUUCACUUCACAGCACAUAUUAUCCCAUUUAAUCCUCAAACAAUUCAAUUAAAGAGGUAGCGUUAUUCCAUUUCAUAAAUAAGGAAAUUAAGGCUCAAUAAGGUAUAACUUUUAUAAGCUUGAAAAGCUAAUAAAUGACGAAUAAAAUUUGAAACUGUGUGUAUCUGUCUCCAGGGAGCUUUCUACUGCACACGCCCUAAAGUUGAAGCCAGUUACAGAGCAUGUUUAUCUGGAAGGGAACCUUUAGAGAUGGACUGGAUCAUCCUCCGUAUUUUAGAGGAGGAAACUGAGUCCCAGAAAGGGCAAUUGUUUUUCUCAAGGUUACCUAGAUGAGCAAUGACACAGAUGUGAGUAGCACUUUUAUCUAAAAAAAUAAUAAUAAUAAAUUUCAACUUAUUUUUUUGUGUUAUACUUCCCAGAAGACAUUUUUCUGACAUGGAGCCUGUAAACUUAGCAUGGUUCAGACUUUUUAUGCUCCAUGCUACUCAUUUUGUUUAAUUAACUAGAAAUUGAAAUUUUCCGCUUGUCAACUUAUUUGCAACAAGUGUAGACUUUUCAAAUUUACCUUUUAUCAGUUGUAAGUAUCCUAUGCUGACAUAUUGAUAUCAUAAAUUCAUAGAAAUGUUUUUCCAACAGAUAAUAGACAGGCAGCCUCCGAUUUUUAGGCAAUAUCCCCAGAGCUGUGUACUGUAAAUGCCCAACACUUGAGUCUUACUCAGGCACAGUGGAAAUACACCAUUUUAGAAGAUGACUGAUAAUGGCUGUUUCUCUUCAGAGAAGCGUUAAGGGGUAAAGAAAUGUAACUGCGGGCAAUAGAGUUUCUGAGUGAAGCCAGUAGUAACAGGGUGAAAAUGUAUAGUCACCAAGUGAAAACAGGAACGGAUCUAUGUUUAUGAUGUCUUAAUAGGGCCUAAGUUGUUCUAUAAUUACAAGUGGCAGUCUCUGAAGUCAUUUGUGAGCUUGUAUGACUUUUGUAUUUAGCAAUGUUGCAUGCUCACAUAAUUGAUAUUAAAAGUAAUACAUUUUUCUGAAAUGUA